GCUUCCGACCUCAAGGCUGGCUCGUGUCCGCGCGAUACCUCUUCAUAUCCGAUUGCAUUUUUCCGCGUAAAACCACUUAUCGCUUUGUCCACCCACAUCAUCAUGUCCCAGCAACAACUUGACGCUGCUGCUACUGUUGCGCCUCCACCGAUGAGCGCACCGUCCACCUCCACGUUCACCUUCGCGACCCCAUAUCCCCCGGCGGCUACGGCCACGGUCGGUUCCCAAGCCACCUUGAAGCAGCGACGCGUUUCUCUUGCACUCCCAAACUCGCCGAGACUUGUGCCCGCCUGGAGCUUCAGGGACGACACAACCAUCGACGCGCACGUUGCGUCCAGUUCGCAGAUUCCACAAGACAAGAAGGGCAAGAUGCGCAAGGCCUCAGCUGAUGAACAGAAAGUCGCCGACAAGGCGUCCGUACAAGUACCCGAGAAGCGCCAGCGCAAGAAAUGGACUGAAGAAGAAACACAAAUGCUUGUCAAUGGCUGCAACGUUUGGGGAGUUGGUAACUGGAAAGCCAUUCUCAACGAUCCGAAUCUCAAAUUCGACAGUCGCUCUCCCGUGGACCUUAAAGACAGGUUCCGAACGUUCUUCCCGGACGCUUACAAGCUUCAUUAUCCUAACGCGAAAACGCACUUGUCGUCCAAAGUCCGUUCUACAUUACCUGAUGGUUCAUCUCUUUUCGAAAAAACACGAAGCAAGAAGCGCCGACCAUUUACCCCAGAGGAAGAUCAGGCGCUUAAAGCAGGUUACGAGAGAUACGGUACCGUUUGGUCGACUAUCGUUAAAGAUCCCAUCUUCCAAGAGCAGAAGCGACGUUCCACCGACUUGCGGGACAGGUUCAGGAAUGCGUUUCCUCAUCUGUACCAGGCUGCUGGCUAUAAGCCGAGAAGCAUGCCGAAGAAGAAACGUGGUGAUGCGUCCAUUUCGGCUCCUCGUGCGACCGCGGACGAUCAGCUUCUCCCGACGCGAAUGGCGGGCACUGCACGCCGAAGAAGGUCUCGCACGACCACUGGGCACUCUUACAGCGUCCCUCAGAGCGCAGCUGUCUCCGAGGAUGAAGAUACCUCUGACGAAGAAGAGGAAGACGCGGAAGUCAAGAGGCGGCCUAACGGUCUUCCGAGUGAACUAGUGAAGGAGAUGACGCCCCAGCCUGAGACGACUCACUUCAGUCCUCCUGAGUCUAUGCUUAACGAAGUGACAAUGCAUACCAUUGACCAACUAGACGACCUGGCGUUCCCAGACUUCUUACCAGACUCUUCUCAGGCUCUGUCAGACUCUACAACCGAGCACUCCAUUUGGUCUUCUGGUCCACGCAGCCCUCAGCAGAUUGACAGUUGGUCAUCCGCGGCGACGACGACCACUGCAUCUCCAACCUCGUCACAUCUAUCAAUGAACGACUAUUUCAUGGACUCUACUGCUACUAUUGGACGACGAGAAGGCAUGAAUAUGAUCGGCAAGUCUGCAUGGGGAACCUCGGAUUGGCUUUCUGCGAACCCGCGCAUGGAUCCGUCAACCAGCAGCAACUCGUCGUUUGCUGACGGCCCUUCUCCGCCCCCAUCGUCGCCAUUUUCCUUCAGCAACCUUUCGCACGGAAUUAUGGAUCGCUACGAUCUCUUUCAGAACUCGAUCGCGCACGACUUUGCCUCCGAGGUCGGCGCAAGCGACGCGUAUUCGACGUUCUCCGAUCCGGAACUAUUCCCGUCGCAGAGCAUGCGCGGUUUCACUCAUCACUCGAACUAUGCUGGAGAUCUCAUCUUCGGCGCGCGUACACAUCAGCCUGCGGCACCUGCAAACACCUUCAGUGGCCUCGGUCUUAGUGGAAUGCACGAACAGACCGCAGGCAUUAACCCUAUGCAGUUGCACACUCCGAGUUUACCUGGGAUUGACGAGUUGGCGGCUAUCAACCUCAAUGAUGAUGAUGAACCGAUGAUCGCAUCGACAACAACGACGGAGACCAGUGUCAAGAAGGACGACACCGAGUCAUCACUUGCUUUCGAUGCAGACCUGAGCUCUCUUAUUCACCUACCACCGCAAACUUUGGAAGAGAUCGCCGGAUUGAGCGGGGACGUCUCGCAAAUGGAACAAGAAUCCGCCGUUACUCCUCCAGCAACUCCUGCUCUUACCAGUCGUGUUACCCGCGAACAACAAGGCACCUCAUACUCCGCGCACAAUCGCUCCAUGUCGGUACCGCCAUUCGAGCGCGUUGUCUCGCGCCAACCUCCGCCACCGGGUCACGCGACACCCCAUCCUGCACCUACAAGGUCAUUGUCGCAAUUCGACAUUCCGCCAUUCUCGCAUGAUGCAGACUUGGCUUCGACCCUCCAACCGAACACGAUGCAGACCAACUCUCCUACCAGCACCUUAAGCGCAUCUUCGUUCUUCAGCGCCUCACUCAUCAACGAUUCAUUCAAGUCCUUAGACUUAUCCGACCUAGUCUUCCUCGACCUACACGCUCCCACAUCCGACUUCACAACCCACGACCUUAUCGACUCGCACACAGACGAAGCACGGAAUGGCCAAGCCCUCGACUUGGCUCAGUCACCGUCGCAUAGUAUGUCUAGUAUGUCCAAUUCCAUCUUACACAGCGGAACAGGGGUUAGUGGUGGAAUGGAUACGUCAUCCCUCUCCCUCUCACCAUUACCAAUGUUCGACACAAUUGGCAGGGCGGCUGGAUCCGCCUUGCAUCAGCGUGUGCAGUCGCAGACGAACUUGGCUGUUGCGCCGAAGGAUUUGUUCUUGCCAACGUAUGAUAGUAAGCAGAAGAGGGCAAGUUGGGAUGGGACGCAGGUUUGAGUUGAUUGAUGAUGUUGGGUGAUGGAUUGGUGUGAUGUCGGGUUACGAUUUCCCUUUUCCUUUUUUUGUGCCUUUCUCUUCUUUUUUUGUGCCGUCCCCCUAAUCCCCUCGGUUUCUCUGUGUCCUGACGUUCUUUGACUCUUCAUGCAUUGUACACAUGCAUUAUGCCCCACUUUCUUUACGUCUCCGCGUCUCUGCGAAUGUUUCCAUAGCUGGAUUUUCCUCUCCUUUUCACUUUCUUUAUCUGUUUCAUUUUCGCUCCACUCAAACAACCUACACCCACACACUUUCUGCAUUUUCUUAAC